GAACAUCAUAGGAUAGAGUCGGAACGCGACUGGGAAUACACCGAGAGAAAUACCCCGAACAAGGUGCAUUAACUAAGUACAUGAUUUAGAGAAAGUCUCACAAUAUUAUCAGGAAUGCAACUUCUGAGACACCCACAGACAUCAACAUGUCAUUACUGAGCAUCGGAAGCUGUCCGGACGAGCGGCUAGUGGCGGCACCUUCUGGCGCAGUUGCCGACUCCACUGCCUCGAUCAUUCCUACGACAGUAGAUGAGAGCGACGAGGCUCAUCAUGACAACGCACCAGCAGAAGGGGAUGAAAUUAUAUCCACGACGAAAGAAGAUCAUGACGCACCACCGGGACCAGAGCCGUCUUCAUCUUCAUCUUCGGGAGGUGCUUUCAAAGUUCUACACGACAUGGUGGAUCUCGUCACGCACAAUUUUACACUCGACGAAAUCGGUGGUGGCUUGUUCUACUCCGAUCACAACUACACAUUGGAUCAAGACCAGGUUUUUAGAGAGCAUGAAGAAGACGAAGAGGCUGGACUCGAAGUAGAAGAUGGUUUGGAUGUUGAGAAAGGACAUCAAAGUGGUACAAGUUCUAGUAGUAGCAGCAGUAGUACCAUUAGGAGUAGAGCACGAGCAGUAUCAUCGUCGAAGACUCCGAAAUCUUCUAGUAGGUCUAGAAAUAAGUCUGGUACAAGUAGUGGAUCUAGAAAACGAAGGAGAAAACAAGAAAAAACUACUACAGUAUACGAAUACAUCGCUGGAAUCGAUGACGAAGAAGAGGAAGGACUUGCGAGUGUCGAAAAGAAGAGCAAGGUCGACGAUUUCGCCGAUGACGAGAGUAUCGAUGAUGUGGCAUCAGACGAGACGGAAAUAGGUGUGCAUGAAUUUCACCGAGAUGUAGAUCGAGUUGACACCACCAGCAGUGCAGCAGCACAAUCUCAAGUAGGAGCACCAGAAGACAACGCACAACAAGAGCAGGAGCCUUCGACAUCUAGGUCGCCAGGGAACAACGGAACACACGAACACCGGGAAGAACGGAACGAACAAGAUGGUGAAAGUGAUGACGUAGACGUUCUUGCACUUUCUCUCUCUAGUUCGAGCCUUGUGGAUGAUGUGUUUGAGGAUUCGGCAGAAGUAGCAGAUAGAAGCAGCAACGAAGACCAAGACCGUCAGACUAGGGAACCACAGCUCGAACUGGAAGCAAUCACAUCAGCCGGUGAUCGUUCCGAGAAGGUAGAAGCUCACAGCGGUGGUGGAGUAUCGGAGCGAGGUGACGACAGUCCUCUAGUAUCGCUAGAACCGGAGCAGGCAUUGAUGAAAACGGUAUCGCUUUUAGAACCGGAUGAAGACGAUGCUGGCGCUCUUAGAGACGAUCUUCAAAGAACAGAGGACGAAGAAGAACAUCUAGAUCUACUUUACGACGGAAAAGAAGAGCAGGACAUGAGUUGUGCCAAGAAGAAUGCACUAGACAAAAAGGACCUCUCAUUGGUCUAUACCUCUUCACCUUUGCUUCUGGAUGAUCAUGAUGUGUGCAAUGAAGUACUCGGAGUCGUUGAAGGCGCUUCUACUGUGUCUAGGAGUUGCAGUGACGCAGUAGACCAAGGGCAGCUACUAGAAGACCAGCGGGAGCUACAGCAAGGGGGGGUAGCGAAUGACGUACAACUGCACGAUGCAGAUAGUGCCCAGCUAGCAGCAGCGUCGUCGAUGCCCUCAGCUGUAGCGGUACCCAGGCCACCAGACGACGUAGAGGCCGCAAACCUAGAGGUUCUACAGAGUGGCACGACACCAAGACAGGCGACAGCCUCAGAAGACAUUUUUGAAAACAGAGCACCAGCUGUCCUUGAGCCGCUAGAAAAUAGACCUUCUGCGUCUUCCUCCGCUGUCGACGACAUCAAACAUGGCGAGGGUAAGGCAGAGCUGCUAGUGGAUGAAGAAGCGGACGUGGACGUUGAGUCUCCUCUUCUACAACUCGAAGAUGAUAAUGACGAUGAAAAACAGCAAGGUUUUUAUCGUGAUUCUCUGCUUCCCUGUUCUUCUGAAGUGGUUGUAGCCACAGAUGAUCCAACCAGAGUACUGGAAGACGACAGAGUACUUGAAGACGCUACAUCUUCUUCGUGUCCUGAAAAUCGCGACCUCCGACGAAUCCAGUCUCCUGAUGAAGUUGAAGAGACUUUAUUUCCGCUUCCAUCUCCCGAAGAUGACGCAGCUCUUGUAUCUUCGUCAUUUCCGCUUCCAUCUCCCGAAGAUGACGCACCUCUUGUUUCUUCGUCGCCUUUAGAACCGUUACCAUCACCAGUUGCGGAAGUCGUCCGCAGAAACUCAGAUGUGGAUGGGAAGAUUUACCAUGACCAAAGCGAGGUCGAGGUGGAUGACGACCACUUUACGCCUGUAGGAAGCAAAGAAGUGCCCGGCUUUUCUCCUCUUGAGCAACUAGAGGAGUUUCCUCUAGAGGAGGAGGAGAUUGACGGUUCGCGAGUAGUUGUAGAAGCGGAUGACGGGGGUUUACAACUAGAAGACAAUGACUACGGAGGUUGUAAAAAUGAGGAGCGAGGACUAAAUCUAGAUGAAGACGAGAAUGACUUACAACUAGGUGACGGUCAUGGUGAGCAGCGGCGAGAAGAAAUAUGGGAAGAAGUUGGGGAGAAGAAUUCUGGUGAAAUAUGGGACGAAGAGGACGAGGGCUUGGAAGAUGAUGACGCGGGUUUGAGGAGAAGUUGCCGCAGAGAAGAAGACGAUGGUGGAGAAGAUGUAGGUCUUCGUGGAGAAGAUUUAGGCCUUCUCACGCUGAUGGAGGAGAAGCUCGAGCAUCAAAAUGAAAAUCAAAGUAGUAAGGAGCAACGUGGUGUUGAAGUUGCUGCGGUUCGACAAAAAGAGGACGAGGAAGAAAAUGAAAAUGUUGAUCAAGAAUCUUUACUACUUGAAGAUCAAGAUGGAGGAAUACACACGACAGGCAUCGACUACGUGACGAGUGCUCCAUUACCUCCUGCUCCAACAUCUCCAUACAACGAAAAUUACGCGUUCUUCCGCGGAACGCAGGACGCAGCAGGAGUAGUGUCAAGCUCGAGCAACAGCAAAGAAAGCCACUGCACGACCAGUGGAGACGACAAAAAGCAGGGGACAAACACAAACUCUUCAGUUAUGGUCAGCUGCGUCAUUUGACUGGAUUUAUAUUUCUGCACGUCUUUGACUUUGAUUUGAAAUGACCACUCUACAACUAAGAACUCUACCAAAUAACUUCCUUCUAACUCGUCAUCUUCCGACAUGGAGCACAAUUUCCACCUGUCCUUAUCCGCAGCUGAGGCGUCCUCGACCGAGGAAAAAGCAGGGAGUUGUGAGAAAGUCUUAGUACUAGAACUUGCACCAGUAGUUCUUGAGGAAAGUAACAAUAGAAACAAUCUCUCGAUGGCCAGCAAUGUGGAGCAUCAAUUGCAUCUUCAUCAACUACCCACCGAGCAGGGUGACCUCCAACAUCACGCGCAGGAUAAACAGCUCCUGAAUUCUUCAACAUGUGCUCUCCAUCAAAGUUCAACCAAAGCCACUGACGUCGACACCAGUAGUACUCUGCCUCCUUGCGGCACAACCAUACCUCCUGCGUGGCGCUCCUCACCUUCCUCUUUAUCAUCAUCGAUAUCGCCUCUACUGAGACGCGGCGAGGAUUGGGAAUCUUCCUCUUCCUCGUCUGUUUCUCCUCUACUGGAUGGUGAUGACAAUGUUGAGAAGCGAGACUGCGACGAGGACUACGGUGAGAAUAAUAGGAACUACAAUGCAGCUGAACCGGCAGGCGCAGACCAGUCCAUCACUGAACAACAACAAGAACAGACUAUGAUGUUACAAAUAAAGGAAAACGAAACUGCGCCACCAGAGCUCCUUGCAGUUGCAGAUGAUCAGGUUUCUCUUCUCGUAGACGAUGACUGUAGAGGACUCGACUGUGUUCUUGAAGGACCAGAAAAGAAUCUUCCUGGUGGACAAAGCAGCAAAAUGACCCAAAUCACGAGCAGUUGCGAGGAGAGUCAGAGUCUACGAUUACAGCGCAGAGAAGUGUGGGAGACCGAGGAUGACUAUCUAGUGGAUCACUCGGAAGAGGAAGAGGAACACGAAGUAGUGGAUGACGUCAACAUGAAAAAUUCAUCAUCUAGUUCUAAGGAGAGUGUUGUACAAUGUCAAGAUCCAAGAGACCGAUCAACAAAACCUCCCGACGACCACUCCACCUUCAUCGUUGAUGAUAUUAGCGUUAUCGACCCUAACGAACAGGACCCUUCAAACCCGACGCAGCAAGGCUUUUACUUCUAUCCUGACCGAGAUAGCGGAACAACUACGAGUAGCGGUAGCUCAAAGAAUAGUGCUGAACCUUCAGGAGACCAACAGAUCAUCGAUGAAGCGAUGGCUCAUCCGCCAGUCCCAGUGGCGUCUAGGACUCCUGCGAUGUCUCCAGUGGCAUCUACGCCAGUGUCAUCGCCUGUAUCGUCUCUCAUCCCGCGUUCAUCUGUGAAGAUACAUCAAGAUGAAGCUGGAAAUGACAUGGAGGAGUUGGCGGAGGAUCAUGGAGGUGGUAUACCAGAAACAACCCCGAACGACGAUGACCCAUCAAACGAGCACGACCGUCAACACCCAGAAAACGGAACAAGCAGAGUAAGCAUUGCAGAAGGAGAAGGCCCGUCUUCGAAUAGUUCCUACAGUUCUUCAACAUCGAGUAGUGCCAAACGUAAGACGGGAAGUAGUACCAGUUCUUCAACAUCGAGUAGUGCCAAACGUAAGACGGGAAGUAGUACCAACAAGGACACCAAGACCGGCAUUCCUGUGAGAAAUCUAGAAUUGCAGCAGCAACUCGCGAAUGCGCGGACUCCUACGUACCUCUACUAUCCGCCGGACAGUACUAGGUCACCAGAACGCAGGUUUAUGUUCUUUCGUGGAACAGCACGUGCCUAUGCCCAGCCGACACCCAGCGACAGCAACAGCUUACCAAGGGAUUCUCUUGUUCUAAAUGUUCUUGACGCUCCGGCAUCUGGGUUCGUGGAUGAUGGAGGAGAUGGAGGAGGCGAAUGUCUUGCAGUUGAAGAGGAGAAAGUAGAUUUCCAUAACGAUAGUGAAUUUGGCGAAAAAGAGGAGAAUGCUCUACAACAUCGCGACGUCGAAGAUACUCGGGUCUUGUUGGAAAAUGCGGCUAGUACUUGCAUUCAGGAUGCAGAAGCAGGUUCGUCAUCAUCUUCAUCCUCCAUGAGCUUAAGAAAUGAUAAUGGUCACGCGCAGAAACAAGGACAGCAUGACACCUGCAAUCAAGUCCUGGCGACGCCGUUGGCUGGUCUAGCACCAAGUAUAGGAAGUACUACUACUAGACGCAGUCGCGCUCCAACAGCGGAAUUCUUUGUUAUAUCUACGCCACCCGGUGGCGGGAGGAAAGCCAGGGAAAGCACUUUGCUGUCCUCAAGCGGUGGAGAAGAAAAGUCGAGUCCAGAAGAGGAGGCUGAAUUUUCUAGGCUAGAAUCGCAACGCUUGGAUGACUUGCGACCGUCGUCCGAACAAGAAGAUACUAGGCGAACAAGAUAUCAGGAUCAAGAACAUGGUGGAAGUUGGUCUGAAGAAAUAAGGAUGGUCGAUACGACAAGCACGACAGCUGUGAUGUGUAAGAAUAUUAAUGCCGAAGAACAAGAACAAGAUAAGCAACACCAUUCUUAUCCUGUACAGCCGUUAUUUUCACCGUCUAGUAGCUCUAUAUUCUCUGCGGCAUCGCAAAGGCGCAAACCCACCUCAUCUACCUCAUCAACUCGACGAAACAAUCGUAACAAGAACAACAUUCGAGGUAGAAGUAGUGCUAGUAGUAGAAGGUACUACACAGGUAGGACGAGUGGCGGCGCAGACAGUGCUCCGGAAGAGUUGUCUUCCAUUGGACACAAGGUGACGAGCGUUAGGCGGGUCCGUAGCAGUUCAGCUUCUGGCGCUAUCGACGUGUCGGUGAGGAAACAACUCAAUUUAGAAGAAGGAAGAAGCGGGUGUGGUGGAGAACGACAAGUUGUACAACUAGAUGUUGAGCAGCCUGCUCGUGAGUUAGAAGAGCUUGACGAUUCUUUCGCGGAUCAUCACGUAGAGGAACGUUGUCUGAGCACGUCGAUGCACGUUUUAGGACGUUCUGAGACCACUGAGAGGAGACCUUCUUCGCCAGUUUUUUCAUACGAAGAAGAUACAAGUUGGGAAGAAUUUUUCGGUCUGAAGAACGGCGUUGGCGGAGGAGGCUCGAGAAGUAAGAUGUUGACAUCUUCAAGUUAUAGGAGCAGAAAAGCGAUGUUCGACAAACAGCGAGCUGCUGAGCAGCUUCACUACGAUCUUUCGUCAAGCUCUUCGGUAGUUACGUCGUCCAGACCUGGCUCUCGAACCAACAGCAAACUGACACAGCGGUCAGGGCCACUCUUCUUCGAGAAUACAGCCGUCAUGAUGAGGCCGUAUAGUAGUUACAACCUCUCAACCUCAACCAGAAAUCCAGCCAGCAACACUGCUAGACCGUGGUCAAGGACUCGCAUCGAUCUUGGUGUUUCUGUGAAGUUGGACAUUGACCCACGAUUAACCCCAAUUAGUCCCCUCAUCCCAACAUAUCAUGACUAUAGUAUGUCUUCUUAUCUGUCUUCUUCCUGAUCGAAAUGAUACCAUUGGUGAGGUCGCUUUUCGACGUUGCUCUUUUGUCACAUCAUCACGAUCCCAUUCCUGAAUGACCAUGACGUACAUACUGUUUGAGUUGAUCUUCAUCUGGUCUUACUUCCACAUGUUUUCGUUUUGUCUUUUCUCUUUUCAUCCCUGAUGCACACGCACUACAACGCACGCGAGUUGACAAAGAAAUGAAAUGCCUUUUUU